UGCAGCAGUUGGUACUAUAACCCACUGAAUCAAAAAUGCUGUUAUGGAAGUGUUAUCUCCAAGAGUUCCAAAUGCAUUCGUUUGAGCUGCGGUAGUUGGUUCUAUAGUCCGAAGACUCAAAAAUGCUGUUACGGAGUUGUCAUCGACAGGAGCGCCAAAUGCAUUCAGCCUAAAUGUGGACAUUUGUACUACAGCCCACUGACCAAAAAAUGCUGUUACGGAACUGUCAUCGACAAAAGUGCCAGUUGCGUUCAGCCUAAAUGUGGCGACUUCUAUUACAACCCGCUGAAACAAAAAUGCUGUUAUGGAAGCGUCAUCUUCAAGAGUGCCAAAUGCUUCCGUCUGAGAUGCGGCAGUUGGUACUAUAAACCACUGACCCAAAAAUGCUGUUACGGAUCUGUCGUCCCCAAAGGAGCCAAAUGCGUUCGUCUAAGAUGCGGUAGCUGGUACUACAACCCACUUUCCCAAAAAUGCUGUUACGGAGCUAUCACCUUCAAGAGUGCCAAAUGCGUCCGUCGGACAUGCGGCAGUUGGUACUACAACCCAGUGUCUCAAAAAUGCUGUUUCGGAGCUGUCGUGUACAAGAGUUCCAAAUGCGUUCUGCCGAAAUGUGGCCGUGUGUACUACAACCCACGGACCUACAAAUGCUGUUACGGAGCUGCUAUCCUUAAAAGUGCCAAAUGCAUUCUACCUUCAUGUGGCCAUUAUUACUACAACCCACUGACUCAGAAAUGCUGUUACGGAAAAGUCAUCCAGAAGAGUGCCAAAUGCGCUCGUCUAAGUUGCGGCAGCUGGCACUAUAAUCCGCAAACACACCAAUGCUGUCACGGAACUGUCACCUACAAGAAAACCAAGUGUGUUCGUCUCAAAUGCGGCAGUUGGUACUAUAAUCCACAAACUCACAAAUGCUGUCAUGGAAGUCUCAUCUACAAGAAAACCAAGUGCGUUCGUCAGCAAUGUGGCAGCUGGUACUAUAAUCCACUGACCGACAAAUGCUGUUACGGUAGUGUCUUCUUCAAGGGUGCAAAAUGCGUUCGUCUGAGAUGCGGUAGUUGGUUCUACAACCCACUGACCCACAAAUGCUGUCAUGGAAGUGUUAUCUACAAGAGUGCCAAAUGCGUUCGUAAGCAAUGUGGCCGCUACUUCUACAACCCAGUGACACACAAAUGCUGUCAUAGAAAUGUCAUCUAUAAGAGUACCAAAUGCAUUAGUCUGAAAUGUGGCCGCUACUACUACAGCCCACUGAGCCAGAAAUGCUGUUAUGAAAGAGUCAUCUACAAGAGUGCCAAAUGCAUUAGUUUGAAAUGUGGCCGCUACUACUACAGCCCACGGAGACACAAAUGCUGUUAUGGAAAAGUCAUCCUUAAGAGUGCCAAAUGCAUUAGUCUGAAAUGUGGCCGCUACUACUACAGCCCACGGAGCCAGAAAUGCUGUUAUGGAAAAGUCAUCCUUAAGAGUGCCAAAUGCAUUAGUCUGAAAUGUGGCCUUUCUUACUACAGCCCACUGAGGCAGCCAUCCUUAAGAAAAUGCUGUUGAGAUGGAAAAACCCACUGAGCCAGAAAUCAUCAUCCUUAAGAGUGCCAAAUGCCUUCGUCUGAGAUUAUUCGUCUGAAAUGUUAUGGAAAAGUCAUCCUUAAGAGUGCCAAAUGCAUUAGUCUGAAAUGUGGCCUUUCUUACUACACCCCACUGAGCCAGAAAUGCUGUUAUGGAAAAGUCAUCCUUAAGAGUGCCAAAUGCAUUAGUCUGAAAUGUGGCCUUUCUUACUACACCCCACUGAGCCAGAAAUGCUGUUAUGGAAAAGUCAUCCUUAAGAGUGCCAAAUGCCUUCGUCUGAGAUGUGGUUAUUCGUACUACAACCCACUGACGCAGAAGUGUUGCUACUACCCUACACGUGUUGUCUCCAAGUCUGCCUCAUGUAGCUACGGUCGCUGA